AUGGCCGAUGUCAAGAGAGAGACCGACGGGCCAGCGCCCUACUCGUCUCCGGCGUUUGACGUUACGCAGCUGCCCGACUACGACAACGACUUCGCCAACGACGACGACUUUGCCCAGUUCGCCGCGGCGCUCGCCGCGCCCGAGCCGUCGCCGUCGACCGCAGACGUUGCCGCCGCGCCCGACGGCCCGCACUACUUCACGGCGCAGAGCGACUGGCGGCCCGUCCACCAGCGCGUGCGGCGGCGCAAGAAGCCCAAGGCGGCGCCGCAUCGCGGCAAGGACGAGACGCGCGAGGGCGUCGUGUACGGGCUGCUCAAGUGGCCGCUGCUGGUCUUCGCCCUGGGCUGGCUGGCGUUUCUGAGCCUCGCGUACGUGCUGACCCGCGUCUACAUCUACCUGUACGAGCACUGCGUGACGUGGCGCGGCACGCGCAACCGGCUGCGCCACCAGCUGCACACGGCCGCCAGCUACGAAGAGUGGACGCAGAGCGCACAGGCGCUGGACACGCACCUCGGCAGCGACGGCUGGCGGCAGACGGCCGAGUAUGCCUACUACGACAGCAAGACGGUGCGGCGGGUGCACGAGCAGAUGGCGAAGCUGCGGCAGCGCGCCGAGUCGGACGAGCAGCGCGCCGCGCAGGCGGGCAAGUCGAGGGCGGUCGAGGAGCUGCGGGCGCUGGUCGAGGCGUGCAUGAAGAACAACUUUGUCGGGUUCGAGAACCCGCGUCUCUACAGCGAGACGUACUAUGGCACAAAGGACCUCGUGCAGCGCUUCGUCGACGAGGCUGCCGCGUCCAUGGCGUUCCUGCGCAACACCCGGCAGCUCGACGCCGAGCGCAAGCGCGCGCUGUUCAAGCACGUCAGCACCAACUUUGGCAGGACGGCGCUGUGUCUGAGCGGCGGGGCGACGUUUGCCUACUACCACUACGGCGUCGCCAAGGCACUGCUGGACGCGGAUCUGCUCCCGGACGUCAUCACCGGCACCUCUGGCGGCGCGCUCGUGUCGGCGCUCUUGGGCACGCGCACAGACGACGAGCUGAAGCGGCUUCUCGUGCCGGCCCUCGCCCACCGCAUCAAGGCAUCGCAGGACACGACGUACACGUGGAUGAAGCGCUGGUACCAGACGGGCGCGCGCUUCGACGCCGUGCAGUGGGGCAAGGCAUGUGCCUGGAUGACGCGGGGCAGCAUGACCUUCAAGGAGGCCUACCAGCGGACCGGCCGCAUCCUGAACGUGUCGUGCGUUCCCGCCGACCCGCACUCGCCCACCAUCCUCGCCAACUACAUGACCGCCCCGCACUGCGUCAUCUGGUCCGCCGUGCUCGCCUCGGCCGCCGUGCCCGGGAUCCUCAACCCCGUCGUGCUCAUGAAGAAGGACGCCGACGGCACCCUCUCGCCCUACUCGUUCGGCCACAAGUGGAAGGACGGCUCCCUGCGCACCGACAUUCCGCUCAAGGCCCUGAAUCUCCACUUCAACGUCCGCUUCUCCAUUGUCUCGCAAGUCAACCCGCACAUCAACAUCUUCUUCUUCUCGUCCCGCGGCUCCGUCGGACGGCCCGUGACCCACCGCCGCGGCCGCGGCUGGCGCGGCGGCUUCAUCGGCAGCGCCAUCGAGCAGUACCUCAAGCUCGACCUGACCAAGUGGCUCAAGGUCCUCCGCCACCUGGAGCUCCUGCCGCGCCCGCUGGGCCAGGACUGGAGCGAGAUCUGGCUGCAGCGCUUCAGCGGCACCAUCACCAUCUGGCCAAAGUCCAUCCCCAGCGACUUCAUCCACAUCCUGUCCGAUCCCACCCCCGAGCGCCUCGCCCGCAUGAUCCACGUCGGCCAGCAGUCCUGCUUCCCGAAGCUGAAGUUCAUCGCCAACCGCGCCAAGCUCGAGCAGCAGAUCCACAAGGGCCGCCGUCUGUACCGCGCCCGCGGCCCGGACCACGACGGCGCCGACCUCGCCAACCUGCUCAGCGAAGAUGAUCUGCACGGCCUCCAGGACUCGAAGCAGUCGGCCGACGACGACGACGACGAUGAUGAUGAUGAUGACGACAGCACCCAUUGGACUGACUGA